AUGAGUUUCGGCAUCAGUAUUGGAGAUGUUCUCAAGCUAUGCGAGCUAGCUGGCAGGGUAUACAAGAACUGUCGCGACUGCUCGGGCGAAUACAAGACUCUCACGUCGCAAGCUAGAACGCUAUCUAAUCUACUCGAGGACAUACAAGACAAGUAUGACAAGAUACCCGAGAACAAGCGACAGCAGCUUAUCGAUGCGUACGAACCAUGCAUCGAAGUACUCGAGGAGUUAGACAAGCUUGUCUUGCACUACAACGGGCUCGAUACGAAGAGUAAGCGCGCAUGGGACCGCCUCAAGUACGACCCCGACCGUUCGCGAAAUCUACGAGAGCGCCUUAUCGCCAGCGUGUCGAUGCUUAAUAGCUUCUACACGUCCUUGAUACACGAUAGCCAGGUUCUUAUACUGGAAGCGUUGGAGAGGUUGGAGAAGGACUACAAAGGCGGCCAUCGCGAAGAAAGCAUCGCUUCCAUUGGAAGGCUCACAUCUGGGGGCAUAGCGGAUAACGACGAAGACGACGGGGAAGCGUGGAGUCAGAUCCUCCGCGAUCUCGAAGAUGUGGGAGUUUCUCAGCAGCAGGCUUUGAGUUACCGAGAUGUCAUUGUAGACUGGCUUGUUAAAGCUGUCAAUGAAGGGAGGCUCUUGGAAGAGCGGCCAGAGGACGGGUUCUUUGCAACUAUGCCGCAAGAUCUUGGCACAGCUCUUCCCGAAUUCGACUUCGAGGAACAAUCGCAUAGACUUGACGUACCGGCCAUCAAUACGCCUGUGCAUCGAAGUUCCCCAGCUCCAUUUGCAGAGCACCCUCUCGUAUCAAGCCCACCGAUAACACAAGACCAGCCUAUCUACCUAGCUCCUUCAGCUACCGCUCGAGGCCAUUCUACCACCUCUUUGCAAACGUCUUCAUGGCAUUCCGAAUCAGAAGCCUCGUCGCUGUAUAUGGAACCACAGCCAUCGUCUUUGCCUGCAACUCCCGCAGGCUCCGCGACUAGACGCGUCCUAGUCCCGCCUCCAAGCGCUGCGGUUUCCGUUAUACCCGUGGACAAUCCCGCUACGAUAGUGUCUGUGGAGCCGACCAGACCUCCCCCAUCUGUGCCUUCAGUCACAGAUGUGACAGAAACAUCUGCUGCGCCUCCGUCGUAUUAUGAAAAAGACAUAUCAGUCACGAUAGACCUUGAAUGGACGGCACACCGGAUUGUGGCUGCGUGGUCUCAGAGUGACUUCGUCACGGCAGAAAAACUCCUCGAAGACCAGUUGGCCGCUGUAGAACGUGGACAAACAUGCACGUCUGGGACCCAGCCUGAUCGACGCAUUCUUAGACACCUACUUGGAGUCUGCGCUUCCUAUACUGGGAAGUUUACCAAAGCAAAACGUAUGUUCGAAAGCGUGUUCAACGGAAUUUAUCUCAAUCGCCAGAACCUGGAUGAUGGUGACAUAGCUGCCGCACGGUGGCUAGGAGACGUAUGUCUGCACACGCAGGAACAUACGAACGCCGCUCUUGCAUACAGUGUUGCUUAUGAAGGGUCUAUUGGGCGCUUCGGUGUAGCACGCGACCGUACUCGACAAGUGGCUGCUGAGAUAAAGCUCGUCGACCACUGGCUGUGGGUAUUCAAGAGAAUCGAGAAUUCCCUCAAGCUCAAUCUGGACCCAACCAGUAUUUUCGCAUCUACAAACGUCGUUGAAAAGAGCAAUUUAAUGAUGUCUGUCAAACACCAUGUCUACGAGACGCCUGGAUUUGCUGGUCACGAUGCAAUGCCACCACAUCCCGGGAGGCGUCCGUCAUUCACUAUAGCGCCUCGGCCAACGUACGCUCUCAUGAUAUCAGAGGGCUUUCUCCUGGGGCCUCUGAUUUCUUUGAGCUCAUGGCCACUGCCUUGGGAUCCUCUUUUCUGCCCUACGGACGCUGUUCAACUGGAUCGUUAUAUGAAUACUGUACGAAUGGCGAAUUACAUCGGCAGACGCUUGUCUGAGCGUGAGCUGCCAACCAACUCACUGGGCGACUCAAAGAAACUGCAUUUUUUGACUAAAAGAGGCAGCCAAUGGUUGAUAGAUGCUGUGAAGCAAGGCCUUCGCGAGAUAGGGAUUGAGCAUGCUGAACAUGGAUAUGAGCCAUCCAUUCUAUGCUGCCUCAAUCAGCAGCGUGAGGGCGUGGUUUUCUCUGAAGGUAUUGAGAUUUGCUUCAGCAAGCUCCCAUUCCGUCAUGUUUAUGGGAUCAAAGUUUCGGACGUAAAGUGGGCCACACGAAGGUUCGGUGCGGUGACACAACAUGUGGCGCCAGGCUUCCGAGACUCGACCAAUUUUAGGAAUGUCAUCAAGGGUAUUCUAGAGAGAGCGGAGGCACAGGCAGCCCUUCCAGGGUCAACGCAAAAUGUGCAGCAUGUGAGCAUGGACGUGUACCCGCAAUCUCCCCAUGUAUCACCGACUCUCAAGAGGCCAUCGUACGGCUAA